AUGAAUUCCGCACAUCGUGUCGGUGGACCUCGACUUGUCUCUCUUCCCGCUGUCAACUCACCUUGUCCCGACUCCUGUUUCCCCUGGUCAUCCUCGCGCGAAGCCCAGACUGUACUUACUAAUCGUGUCCUAGCCGCGAUGAAAGAGAUGGAACUCAAGUUUAGCAAUAUGCAUAUAGUACUGCGAAAACACAAGUCACAGAGUGAUUGGGCGACCGCGAUUCCAACUGUCCUCCUGGUGAUGCCGGUGGGCUCAACUUCGGCCCCAACCCCGGAGGCAUGGUACCAUGCCGCGUGGAGAAUAUAUAAUGACCUCGUUCGGCAUGCACUAGAAAUGUCCGUCGAGAUUAUUGAGGAAAGUCUCUCGAAAGGGAUCUACUUCUCUGUCGUGUCACCGAAGGAAUCCAUCGUGCCCAAGUGGACGUUGAUUGCUUACUCCAUUGGGAAAUUGGCCAAGCCAGACUGGAGCGGCGUCGAAUGCUGGCGAUACGGAACCAACCCAGAUCGGGAAGAGAACCCCCUCACAGUCAUUGUCAAGGUCGACAAGGCUUCAAAAGACUCGUUCGUGAAGGAGGCAAAGCAGGUUCACCGAGUGUUGGAGACCUUUAAGGAACCGGAUGUUGAUGUUUUUUUUCAGAAGAGUUACGAGACGACUUUCGUUCGAAACCCACAGCUCCAUCCCGAUUCGUUGCUUGGAGGGGUUUAUCCUGGCGUCAGCAUCGGCAUUCAAGAUAGCUCUGCUGGGUCUUCGACCCUUGGGGGCCUUGUCGAACUCGAAAUGAGGCAACCUGACGGAACACUUUCCUCGGAGAUAUUCGCAAUGACAUCCUUUCAUUGUGUUUGGCCACCUGGGAAUCACCGCAAUCACCCCAAAUUUAACUCCAAAGAGGCACAAACAGCACUCGCCGCAAUGAUCCAUCAUCCUCUGCGGCCCGAUGGGGCUCUUACAGCCCAGAAUCUCCUCAAAAGGAUCCUCCGAAUUGAGCAUCCCUCCACUCGUGAUCUGGAAAAUACCAUAGAAUAUGACAAGGACUACAUUCAAGACCUUAGAAGGGCUAUUACAACAUACGAGCAAUUGCCUGGAGUCGGAAUGACUUCCAACUUGCAAAUUCUUCGUGAGAACAUCCAACACUAUCGAAAAAUAAUAGAUGCUUGUACCAAUGCGCUACGGUCAAAUCAUCUCGGCUACGUUUGGGCCAGCAGCGGCAUGUACCGCACGAUUACCACGUCAAAUGGUCAGCGUUACGCCGUGGAUUGGGCGUUGAUACGAAUAGACUCGCCUAGAAUACGUCCCCAGAUGACAGGAGGCGAGUUCCAUGGAAACAAGCCGUUCAGCUACUCCGAGCCCUUCCCUUUCCGCUCUCGCUUCGUCCACUUUCCCGGACUAGUAGAUCCCUUUUCCGUGCGGAGAUACAUCAAGAGCGGGCGGUCCACUGGGCUGAGCAGGUUGCUCUUCAACUCGAUGCAAGCCGUUACAUUUACGGGGGAGUUUAAAGCCCGCCAAGGACGUCAGGUUUGGGAGACACAAUUGGAGUUUGCAGGGACCGGGGUGGCAGACCCAGCCUGCGAUCCUGGAGACUCCGGGGCGUGGGUUCAUAACGCGGGUGGAGUCGUCUUAGGGAUGGUUGUCUCAGGCGAUCUGACGACUGAGACGAUGAGGAUUCACCUCCUGGACCACAUAGUCGACGACAUCUUGGCCGUGACAGGAGCCCAUUCGCUGAAACUUGCUUAG